AUGAAUCCAUCUCCACGACGUAAUCAAGAUGAGAAAAUACCAGAAGAUAAUUCACAUAAAAUUUCACGUAUCUUUCAUUGGUCUUGUCUCGAGUUUAAAGGAAAUCGAUUUAGUUUAGUUGAAUCUGGUAAAGAAAUGUUAGAGACAAUAAUGGAUGUCUCACUUCAUAGUAUUGGUUUUUUUCUUGCUUUUCGUAUGAUUGAAUCAAUUUGGUAUAAAAUAGCAGCCUUAUUACUUGCAUUUGGUUUACUUAAUCGACAAAUGCUUAGUUUGAAAUAUUUUUUUACUGAACCCAAAAUGAUGCCACCACAAUUACAACGAUUAUUUGCUACAAUAUCACCUAGUUCCGUAGCAGACUAA